AUGGACAAGCAGGCCCAGUCCUACAUGCUUGCCAGUUUGACACGGCCUCACUCUGAGCAGUUACUGCAAGGCCUACAGCUCUUGCGGCAGGAUCAUGAACUAUGUGACAUUGUACUGCGUGUGGGUGAUGUGAAGAUCCAUGCCCACAAAGUAGUGCUGGCCAGCAUCAGCCCGUAUUUCAAGGCUAUGUUCACCGGCAAUCUGUCUGAAAAGGAGACCUCUGAGGUGGAAUUCCAGUGUGUCGACGAGUCAGCGCUUCAGGCCAUCGUUGAAUAUGCUUACACUGGCACGGUGUUCAUCUCCCAGGAAACGGUAGAGUCUUUGCUGCCUGCUGCCAACCUGCUUCAGGUUAAGCUAGUGCUUAAAGAGUGCUGCUCCUUUUUAGAGAGCCAGCUAGAUGCUGGGAACUGCAUAGGCAUCUCCCGCUUUGCCGAGACGUACGGCUGCCAUGACCUAUGUCUGGCUGCCACCAAGUUCAUCUGUCAGAACUUUGAGGAAGUGUGUCAGACAGAGGAGUUUUUUGAGCUGACGAGAGCUGAGUUGGACGAAAUCGUGUCCAAUGACUGUCUCAAGGUGGUGACUGAGGAGACGGUAUUUUAUGCUCUGGAGUCAUGGAUCAAGUAUGAUGUGACUGAGAGACAGCAGCAUCUAGCUCAGCUGCUGCACUGCGUGCGCCUCCCUCUUCUCAGUGUAAAAUUCCUCACCCGCCUUUAUGAAGCCAACCACCUUAUUCGUGAUGACCACGCUUGCAAGCACCUGCUCAAUGAGGCCCUCAAAUAUCAUUUCAUGCCUGAGCAUCGACUCUCCUAUCAGACAGUGCUGUCCACACGACCCCGAUGUGCUCCCAAAGUGCUGCUUGCAGUAGGAGGCAAGGCUGGACUGUUUGCCACACUAGAAAGCAUGGAAAUGUAUUUUCCUCAGACAGAUUCAUGGAUAGGACUUGCCCCUCUCACUGUACCCCGAUAUGAAUUUGGAGUGGCAGUGCUGGACCAGAAGGUGUAUGUAGUGGGAGGCAUUGCCACACAUAUGAGACAGGGCAUUAGUUAUCGCAGACACGAGAGCACAGUGGAGAGCUGGGACCCUGACAGCAACACCUGGUCAUCAGUGGAGCGAAUGGCUGAGUGCCGCAGUACACUGGGAGUGGUGGUCUUGGCUGGGGAGCUAUAUGCUCUUGGAGGUUAUGAUGGCCAGUACUACCUCCAGUCAGUGGAGAAAUAUGUUCCCAAAAUGAAGGAGUGGCAGCCAGUGGCCCCUAUGACAAAGUCCCGCAGCUGCUUUGCCACUGCGGUGCUGGAUGGCAUGGUGUACGCCAUUGGGGGCUAUGGCCCAGCCCAUAUGAACAGUGUGGAGAGGUAUGACCCCAGCAAGGAUGCCUGGGAAAUGGUAGCCCCCAUGGCAGACAAGAGGAUCAACUUUGGAGUUGGGGUCAUGCUGGGGUUCAUAUUUGUGGUUGGUGGCCACAAUGGUGUGUCCCACCUGUCCAGCAUUGAGCGGUACGAUCCACAUCAGAAUCAAUGGACAGCCUGUCGACCCAUGAAUGAACCACGCACUGGUGUCGGCUCUGCCAUCGUGGACAACUACCUCUAUGUGGUAGGGGGCCACUCAGGGUCAUCCUAUCUGAAUACCGUCCAGCGCUAUGAUCCUAUCACAGACAGUUGGUUGGACUCCAGCGGCAUGAUGUACUGCCGCUGUAACUUUGGUUUGACUGCCCUUUGACCCAUGCCCCAGCCGGCUAGGACUCCGUUACAGAAGACUUAGACAAAAAAGGCUUUUCUUUUAUUGCCUCUGUACCCUUCCCCGCAUUCAUCCUCCAGGGGCUAAGGAAGGCUCCACGUCGAUGUGAAACCCAGAGAGAGAGAGCUGGAUGGAUGGAUGGAUGGAUGUGCCCAACUAGCUGGCUGGUACAAGGGACCACAGAGAUGGCGAGGGAAAUUAGGAAGAGGUGUGCGAGGAUGGAAGAGGAAGAUGAGAUGGCUGUCGAGGAGAUGAAGAGACGACUGCUCUAUCGCUGCUGGACCACAGUGAGGACUCUGAGCCAUUUACCAGAGGAUUGUAGGAGAAAUCUGUCACUUUGUUUCUUUUAACAUUCUGUGUUAUGCUGGUAGACUUUCUGUUGCUGUUGUUGCUCAUACCCUUCAUUCUGUGUAUUUUACUCCAGUCUUGAUUUUUCCUCCUGUGUGCAGAAUAAUUUGUACUAAUUUUGUAUGAUUUUUGUGGUUUGCUGGUGUGUUUGAGUGAAAAUGUGGUUGUUUGCCAAGUAUGUCUGUGUGUGUAUAUGUUCAGGAGUAUCUGCAUGUCAGAUGAAAGUCUUUGUUGCGUGUCUGUGUGUGCAGUACUGAGGCUCCAGCUCAGUGAUUGACACUGAGUUUACACAUUAGA